ACUUCAGCUAUGGUGCCGACGACUACGACGCCGAGGGGAACGAGGAGCCCAAGGCCUUGCCGGAGGGCUCGGAAACCAUGCCCUACAUUGACGAAUCGCCCACCAUGUCCCCCCAGCUCAGCGCCCGCGGCCAAGACAGCGGGGACGGCGUCUCUCCCACGCCCACCGACAGCCUCGGCACGGGGGGCGAGCGAGAUGCUGGCAAAGGCCUGGAGAUGCGGAAGCUGGUGCUCUCUGGUUUCCUGGCCAGCGAGGAGAUCUACAUCAACCAGCUGGAGGCACUCUUGUUGGAUAUGAAGCCACUUAAGGCCACAGCCACCACAUCGCAGCCUGUCCUCACCCUCCAGCAGAUUGAGACAAUUUUCUACAAGAUCCAGGACAUCUACGAGAUCCACAAGGAGUUCUAUGACAGCCUGUCCCCAAAGGUGCAGCAGUGGGACAGCAACAUCACCAUGGGCCACCUUUUCCAGAAACUGGCCAGCCAGCUCGGGGUGUACAAGGCCUUUGUGGACAACUACAAAAUUGCGCUGGAAACAGCGGAGAAAUGCAGCCAGAGCAACUACCAGUUCCAGAAGAUCUCGGAGGAGCUGAAGGUGAAAGGCCCCAAGGACUCGAAGGAGAGCCACACGUCCGUCACCAUGGAGGCAUUGCUGUACAAACCCAUUGACCGCGUGACACGGAGCACCCUCGUCCUGCACGACCUCCUCAAGCACACCCCCACCGACCACCCCGACUACCCGCUGCUCCAGGACGCCCUCCGCAUCUCGCAGAACUUCCUCUCCAGCAUCAAUGAGGACAUCGAUCCGCGGAGGACAGCGGUCACCACCCCCAAGGGGGAGACUCGGCAGCUGAUCAAGGAUGGCUUCCUGGUGGAGCUGUCGGAGGGCUCACGGAAGCUGCGACACGUCUUCCUCUUCACUGACGUCCUGCUCUGUGCCAAGCUGAAGAAAACAGCAGUGGGGAAGCACCAGCAGUAUGACUGCAAGUGGUACGUGCCCCUGGCUGACCUGGUGUUCCCGUCACCGGAGGAGUCCGAGCACUGCCCGCAGGUCCAUGUCAUCCCUGACCACGAGCUGGAGGACAUGAAGAUGAAAAUCUCAGCCAUCAAGAGCGAGGUGCAGAAGGAGAAAGCCAACAAGGGGCAGAGCCGGGCCAUUGAACGUCUCAAAAAGAAGAUGUUUGAGAACGAAUUCUGGUUGCUUCUGAACUCGCCCGCCAUUCCCUUCCGCAUCCACAACCGCAACGGCAAGAGCUACCUGUUCCUGCUGUCAUCUGACUACGAGAGGUCUGAGUGGAGGGAGGCCAUUCAGAAACUGCAGAAAAAGGACCUCCAGGCCUUCGUCCUGAGCUCAGUGGAGCUGCAGGUGCUCACAGGAUCCUGCUUCAAGCUACGCACUGUCCACAACAUCCCAGUCACCAGUAAUAAGGACGACGACGAGUCCCCAGGACUCUACGGGUUCCUGCAUGUCAUCGUCCACUCUGCCAAGGGCUUCAAGCAGUCUGCCAACCUUUACUGCACACUGGAAGUGGACUCAUUCGGCUACUUCGUCAGCAAAGCCAAGACCAGGGUUUUCCGGGACACAACUGAGCCUCAGUGGAAUGAGGAGUUUGAGAUUGAGCUGGAGGGCUCCCAGUCCCUGCGCAUCUUGUGCUACGAGAAAUGCUAUGACAAGACCAAGCUCAACAAGGACAACAAUGAAAUCGUGGACAAGAUCAUGGGAAAGGGGCAGAUCCAGGUAUGUGCUGGGGCGUUCCAGGCUUGUGCCUGGGAUCGGAGAAGCCCAACAGGCUGUUGUGCCUUUGGGAGCAGAGCGCACGGGUCUUGGCUCGGGUUUGAAGGAGGUGAGGUGGAUGGCCACAAGGGAUGCACAGUGGUGAUCCGGGGCAUCAUCCCAGCAGAAGGUGGGACAAAGCAGGACAGGAUUCUGGGGAGAUGGCAAAGCUGGCAGCUGCCCUUGAGCAUGCAUCUGGCCCCAGGCCCUGGCACAGCUUCCGUGUCGGUCUCUGUGAACACGCAUCAGCUGGGGAACCAGGAGAGAAGCGAGCUGGCGUGCGCUGGGCUGGAAGUGUUUCCUUCCUGCCGCCGCGCCGCAGCACAGCCGGGCAGAUGGAGAGUGCUGCUCGCUGCCAUGGACAGGAGCUGGGUUAAUGCUCCUUGUAGUCUGCACAUCUCUUUUCCUGGGGCUCAGCAAAUCCAGAGGGUUCUUGGUGUGUCUCUGAGUGCCAGCCCCGAGCAGGUGACGACUGCGGAGCUGGCUGUGCUGUCCCUGCUCCCCCAGCCGCGAGCCUGCUCGGAUCAGCUGGGGUGCUGCAGGUGUUUGAGAGCAGAGGCAAAGGUGUCAUGCAUGGGUGCUCCCUGGACAGAUAACAAGGACAUCCUUGUGAUGCUGAGCGACAUGGACAUCAAUGCCAUCGCUGGCACGCUGAAGCUGUACUUCCGGGAGCUGCCUGAGCCUCUCCUCACUGACAGACUCUACCCCGCGUUCAUGGAGGGGAUUGCCCUCUCAGAUCCUGCUGCCAAGGAGAACUGCAUGAUGCACCUUCUCCGCUCGCUGCCUGACCCCAAUCUCAUCACUUUCCUCUUCCUGCUGGAGCACUUGAAAAGGGGGCAGAUGGUGCCGCGCUGGUGCGGCGUGGGGCUCCGGGUGGGCAGUGUGGCCCUUUGCCUCUCCCAGCGCCUCCGAGAGGUGCAGGGCCUGGGAUGGUGCUGUGGGGUGGCCAGGGUCCAGGUCCUCCUCUACUAUCUGCAGCAUCCUCCUAUCUCCUUCACUGAGCUGAAGCGCAACACACUUUACUUCUCCACGGACGUGUAGCCUGCAGGGGGAAGGCCCCAGCUGCGAACACUCCCAGCCUCCCUGCUGGGGGACACGGACUGGAUGGCCACCCCCCUCCCAGGGAGAGCAGCCUGGGCCCAGGAUGGUGCUGCCUGCAGCUCCUGUACAAUCGCGUACCAGUGGCAUGGUCCCACCCCAGGCACCGUGCCCCUCUGUAAAGUAGUCGUGUCUUAUGUCCCUUCUUGUGUUCAGGAAUUGUUUUUAUGUAUAUUUGUUCAACGGAAGAGGUAGUGACUGACAAGGGCUGUGGACACAGGCUUCCCCCUUGGCUAUUUUUCUCCUGGAUUCCUUUCUGCCCUCUAACUACUACCAAGCGUCCUCCGCGUCUCGCCCAGCUCGAAGCCUGCAGCGUCCCAUGAGUGCCUGUUUCGCUGCCCAGCUCGCCUGGCCCAUGCCUGCAUGUGCAGCACCAGCUCGCUUCAGAGGCUGGGAACUCGAGGGCUUCCCUCCCCGGUGAGUGACGACCAGCUGCUCCUUUUUGGCUUGCUGCCUGCGCAAAUGUUGGACCCUGCACCUGGACCCUGCUCUGCCCUGAGCAAACCUAUGAUUACGGGAGCACAGGAGCAGGGUGCUGCAUCCUCCUCACCACAUCUCUUCUGGGUGCUUUCAGGCCAGUUCCUCUAUAGCCCUUGUGUGUGCUUUGCCUGCGAGUGCAUAGCAUGGUGGUUACUUCCCCUCACUGUUUCUCAUCUCCUGAGCAGCAAUCUGGGGUAACCUGCUAUUCCAAGGCUGGAACGAGAGGUCUUGAACCAUGGUAGGCUUGAGGGAAGGCCAACAGGGCCAUCUGCUCCCUCUGGCCAUAGGCUGACCCCAGACCUCUGUUCUGGCCCAUGACUGUCAGAGCAUGAAGAAGCAAAAAUUUUUCCAACAAGCCCUAGUGAGGAAGGGAACAGGGUGUAGGCCUCACUCUUGCCAAGCAAGAGGCUGUCUCUGCCUUAGCUGUGCAUGCAUGCCCCUCUCCAGCUGAGCACUGCCAAAAGAGUUACUGACUCCUGGCCACAAAACCGGCUGCAGCCUCUUGCUGCAAACCAGCAGAGUGGCCUGCCAUGGGCCACUAGAAAGGGAAAGUUUUGUUUGUUUUUUUUUUUUUAACCCUCCCUGGCCUUUCCCUGCUGCCCUGAACACCAGGCAAACAGAAACAACUGGCUCUGCCUCAGUGCAAGUUGGAGGCAAGUGCUAUCUGCGCUGCAACUGGCCAGUGACCCAGCUUGAACAGCAGUUCAGAGGGACCAGAAGAGGGAAAGCCUUUGGAGGCACUGUUUGCAGAAGUGGUUCUUUUGCUCUCUUUCUCACAAAGCAGUUGCUGUCAGGUUAGGUGCACCCAGCUGGGUCAGUUCCAUUUCAGUUAACAGUGCCAGCUCUUGACCCAAAGGCUGAUGGUUGGAGCUGUCAAGCCGUGUCCCAAGGCAGUGCGGCAGCUUGCAUGCACUUGCUGCCAGGCUCUGCUCCGGCUGCCUGUGCGCUUGGUUCUCGUUACGUCCCCACCCUCCCAGGCUUACAGGUAGGUGCUGGUACCUGUUGGGAAACAAAUCCUUUCGCUCUGUGAGCUGAGUCUGUGUUCUUGUGGGAAAAGCCCCCUCUGCAAUCGCGUUGGCCCUGUCUCUCCUGUGCCAAAUGGAGAUGGACCAGAAGUGACCAAGUGUAUCCCUGCUUACAGUCGUGUUGCCUUUACCCAUCUGACUAACAGACUGUUCCAGGUAGAGCCCGUCCGCGUUCCACUGAUGCACCAGGUAUGUCCCAAGCCCACCUCCCCUGGGAAGGCGGCACCUGCCAGCCCCGCACCAGCAACGCAACUAAAGGAGGGGAGGCCUUUCGGUCCCCCUCUAAAGGGCUCACACUCCAGACCCUGCUCCUCUUGACUACCAGCUAAACAGAAGGGAAACAGCACUGUAGAAAAUAACCAGGCGUCUUUCUUGGCCCUGGACUCAGUAAGGAGGUUGAGUUUUAGAUCUGACUGCACAAGGGAUCCCUGUGUGUGUCUGAUUUGUUACAUGUAUCCAAGUCUCUGUCCAUGAUAGUGUCAUUCCAGAUGGAGACUCUCUACAGCCAAUUCCCCCGCCUGCUUGUCAGUGGCUGGAGGCCUGGUCCACACGGCCCUGCCACAACAGGCUGCGGCCGUCCCAGUGACUGGCUCUUGUUUGUCCCUACCGAAGGGAAAGGAGGGGGGGGAUGGACUUUUGCAGCUAUGGGUAGAAUAGAACUGUUAAUUAAUAUUUGACUUUUAAAAGUUGUUAAGGAUAUAUUUUUGUUUGUGUUCUGUUUCAAUUUCUGUAGAUUAUAAACUUUAAAUGGCUGUAAACCAUGUGAGAAAAAAAAAUGUUAAUAAAAAUGCAAAGCCCCAACAUUUGCACAAAA